ACGCCGCCUUCGUGGAUGUUGGGUAUUGAUUGCCCAAAGCCCUGAAAGGGGAGAUGGCCAACGGCACCCUUCGACCCGCGCUUCCCCAAGCAGAACCAGACCUGUAACUGUUACCAGAACUUGCUGGACUACCAUCCCUGCGUCAAGAGGAUGAGGCGCCGCGGGAAAAGCACACAGCCCUGCGAGUAUUACUUCCGCGUGUUCCACGCGCUGUGCCCCAUGAGCUGGGUGCAGCGCUGGACCGAGAUCAAGGACGGGACUUUCGCUGGCAAAAUCUAACGGCCCGAGGGCGGCUUCUCCGAGGGAUCAGUAUCAGUGUCAUCACCCCCAAUUCUCUCAUCUUCCGGGCCCCACCACCCCAAACCCCGCCCCAUCUUUAAGCUACAAAUAAAGCUAUGUUAUUGCUGAUAUUUCUUCUUAAUGUGUGGUCAGUGAGGUGCGCACGGGGGCGUCGGGAGAUCCUCCCUGUCUGUGCCCUGCAGCCAACACUACUGGUUCUAAUCAUGGGAGGGGUGAGGGAGAACUGGGCUCCAU